GCUUGGCGAAGACAGGGAAGGGGUAGCCGCGGCUCCGGCUCUUCGAGUUGGCGGCUCCCUCGGGCGCUGCUACGCGGACGUGGAGUCCGCAGGGCGCGCGGCCGCGGAUCCCGGGUGGCACGCUCAGCUGCGGGCAGAGGCGACAUGAGUGCUGCGGGGCUGUUAGCUCCAGCUCCGGCCCCGGCUGGAGCGCCGCCGGCUCCGGAGUACUACCCCGAGGAGGACGAAGAGCUGGAGAGCGCCGAGGAUGACGAGCGCAGCUGCCGGGGCCGCGAGUCGGACGAAGACACUGAGGAUGCUAGCGAAACCGACCUGGCAAAGCAUGAUGAAGAAGACUAUGUAGAAAUGAAGGAACAGAUGUAUCAGGAUAAAUUGGCUUCUCUCAAGAGACAGUUGCAACAACUGCAAGAAGGUACAUUACAGGAAUAUCAGAAGAGGAUGAAAAAACUAGAUCAGCAGUACAAAGAGAGGAUACGAAAUGCAGAACUCUUCCUCCAGCUGGAAACUGAACAAGUGGAAAGAAAUUACAUCAAAGAAAAGAAGGCGGCAGUGAAGGAAUUUGAAGACAAGAAGGUUGAACUGAAAGAGAACCUGAUUGCCGAGCUAGAAGAAAAGAAGAAAAUGAUUGAAAAUGAAAAGCUAACGAUGGAACUGACUGGAGAUUCUAUGGAAGUGAAACCCAUCAUGACCAGAAAGUUGCGGAGGCGACCAAAUGAUCCUGUCCCCAUCCCAGACAAGAGACGAAAACCUGCUCCUGCCCAGCUAAACUAUUUGUUAACAGAUGAACAGAUCAUGGAGGAUCUGAGAACGUUAAAUAAGCUGAAGUCACCCAAGAGACCAGCAUCCCCAUCCUCUCCCGAACACUUGCCCGCCACACCUGCAGAGUCUCCAGCCCAGAGGUUUGAAGCUCGGAUAGAAGAUGGCAAACUGUACUAUGAUAAAAGAUGGUACCACAAGAGCCAGGCCAUCUAUCUGGAGUCAAAGGACAACCAGAAAUUGAGUUGUGUGAUCAGCUCUGUCGGAGCCAAUGAGAUCUGGGUGAGGAAGACAAGCGACAGCACCAAGAUGAGGAUUUACUUGGGUCAGCUUCAGCGCGGGCUCUUCGUGAUCCGCCGGAGGUCAGCGGCCUGACUUUCUCCAGUGUUGUUCUUCCCUUGACCCCUUUUCUGGAAUGGUUUUUGGUUUUGUUUUGCUCUUAAUAGAAAGUUUUUAACUUGGGACUUGCUACUUGCUUGGCCUUGGAAAAUGGAGAACACUGUGGUGGAUUCUGCAAGGCGCCCUUGUGGCCAGGCACUUCCCGCCUUUGUGUCAUUCUUUCCCUGCCUCGACUUCUUCCAGUCAUCCGUCACCAUGAGACUAUUUUACUUUCAGGAGAAUUGGGAGUUUGCUUUACUGAUUUCUUUGUUUUUUGCUUAUACUUUGUCUUUUUUUUUUUUUUUUAAAGCCUCCUUUGAGUUUGAAGGGACGUCUCUCUUAAUUAUCUGUAGGUCUUGCUGUCAUGAGGAGCGGGAAGGGAUACCCUCCUCAGUGCAUUUUCAUGUUUUAAAUCUGAUUAGUGGAUCAUGUAGCUACCUUCCUUGUCAAGCCCAAUUCACCAUUUCCCCAGAAGCUUGGGGCAGAGAUCCUAGCAGAAGGAGAUUAAUUCUCCUGGCUCUAAGCCUUCUCAGAGAAAUGAAUGCCUUGUGUAACAUCUGACGUAUGCCAUCCAUUCCACCGGCUGAAAGACAGAAAAAUUCGCCCGGGAGACAACGUGCACUGCAAUAAAUGGGGUUGAGGGAAGGGGGCGUUUCAUAUCAUAAAGUGCUGAAGGUUCCAUAUUUUAAAUGUUGUUUAAAGCAAGUGGUUCAUUCAAACGCAUUUGUUCUAGCUCAGGCUGGAACAAGAAGCGGUCAUUUUCAGAAGCUUUCGUUUGUAAUUCCCUCCUCUCUCCUGCUCCCAAGUAGAUGAGGUGGCACCUGCCGCCGGCUGGUGAUCCGGGUUGUCUGUGGUCGGUGGGGAGGUGAGAUGGUUGGUGGAGUCAUCAGUGAUCUGUAGACUCUCACUGGUAACUCACAUCGCACUCUUCUCGCUGCUGAUGCCAGUGUUGUGCCUGGCCAUUCCGAACCCAUGGAACCUUGUCGGCACUUCCGGGCUCCCAGGAGAUCUGGCCCAGGUUGCAGACGAGGAAGGCCGUUGGCUGCCACUAAACCUGCACUCCCCCUAAUGAAUCCUGGUGAAACAGCCUGCCCUGCUCCCUUUCCCUCAUUCCCAUAAUGAGAGAAAUAACUCACUGGGUGAUGAUUUUCUUGUUUUGUUUCUAAUAUUCUAGUUGCCACCUUAAGAUGUUUAAAGUAUUUGGGGUUAGAGCAAGUAUUAGCAUCUCUAUGGGCAAUCAGUAGACCUUAUACAUCCUAGGAAAUCUUUGUAAGUAAUUCCCUUGGUCUCAAGUGAUUGUCUUCGUGUUGUCUCUUGAUGUACACACCCCACAGCUAGUUGUAGAGCUGUGAUGACAAGUAAAUCACCUUCUCCAGAGUCCUGGCUUCAACAGAGGCCAAACUCUACUGACUCAGAGUAAAGACUUGUACAGAUACAUUUUAGUUUUCAUUUAUAAUCCAAUUUUCCUCUCAUUUUUUUCUGGUGUUGGAGUCUCAUUUAGGGAACAGGACAAAUGAUGCUGUUUAUCAAAAUUGCCUGGGCGUUCUGAGUUUCUUCUCUGCCUCCCAGCCCCCCAUGAUUAUGAUAUUUGCAAUAGUGAACCGGAUCGACAGUAAACAGGGGCUUCACCUUUUGUUUCUUCUUGGCGGCCUUUGCUGUAAGGGAGGCUCUCUCUUGAUCGAAUUGUCACUGUGGUGUGUGUUACCUCCCAUAAUAUCAGGGAGCUCUUUGUUAUCCCCUUGUGCCCUGUGAUAGAAAUUUAUUUAGAUAUGUUUAGUGUGUGUUGCCAUCGAAGGUGGUUUAUUUUAAUUUUUAAUUUUUUUUUUUUUUUUUUAAUGAUUAUCUUGUCUUCCUAACACUGCACCAAAGUUUGUUUUUUGGGGGAAGGAUUGUAUCGAUAACUGCUUUUCUGCAUGGAUGCAGCAGCAAGUUGCCUUGUUUUCUUGCCUUGUCUGGUGGGUCCUUUGUGCUUUCAUGAAGUAACUGGUGAUUUGAAGACCGGGCACUUUACCCUUUUCAGUAAAUUUGAGGAUGUUUGAGGCCACACUUUGGCAUGGUCGCAGCCCCACCGCUGCCUUCUCAGUAUCCUCACAACCUUUAACAAUCAUGGUCUAGUGAAAAUGAGGGAAACCGUAAAGUACACUUGAGACACAGCACCGUAAAUUAUAUUCCUGAUCCCGGAAGACUUGCUUUUUAUUGAAUCACUCCAGGGAUGAAAAAUCAGCAGUUCUUCCCCUCAGACAGGGCCCUGUGGUGACCUGGGGUGGAAGAGCCCCCUUGUUGGGAGAUGGAGGUGCUCUUGUGAUGGGCAAAAUCGAACGAGAGAAGGAAAAAACAGACUGAGCUUCCUAGAAUAAGAGGGGCCUGGCUUUUAGCCCGGGUGGCUGUUCUUCUUCCAAAACGUCUUUGUCUCUUCUUGGACUCCAGGGUACUGGAUAAAUUACCAAAUUCAAACUGUUUCCUGCAAGUGGUAACUUGCAUAAAGUUUGGUCCAGACAGUUCCAAUCAAGCACCUAUACAUGUGUUAAUCUGAUCAAGAACCUGUAUGUGUGUUACUCUGUUCAAGAAGCUGUAUGUGUGUGAUUCUGAUCAAGAACCUUUACAUGUGUUUCGUUCAAGGCAUCAGCCUCAGGUAUUACACACAGUGUUUGCUUUGGGUGUGGCCUAAUGUUUAUUUUACCUCCACUUGGGGGUUGUUGUGUGCUUCCCUCAACUCCCUCUCUAAGCCAGUGUCCUCUUGAACAGUUUCCAGAUUUCUGUAGCCAUACCAAAGUCAGGAUGUUUUCAUUCAUUCAUUCGGAUACCAGUAUUUAUGGAAGUCUAACUACCUAACUUACCUUAAGUUUUGAAAAAAACCCUUCAGACUGGGGCCAGUGUAAGAUCCCAGAGGCUGGUCUGCAAAUCAGGCUACUUGUAUUGGUGUGUGAGACCCUGCGUUUAGGACUGGGUGACUUUUCUAAGAGAAAU